GUGUGCUGCUGCGAGCCCGGAAUAGCCAGCCUAGUUGGCCAUGGAGACCCCCGUGCGGCUGCUGCACCUUCUCCCCCUGUUACUGCUGCUUUGUGAGCUGGUGGAGUCACGCUUUCAGUGCUGGCUCCUCUGGAGCUCCCUGUCUAGAAGACCAUGCCAUUUGUACCCGGCACAGGCUCCACACUGGAUGUGAGUGUGCCCACGUGUGUGCCUGCAACGAGACGGGAAUGCUGGAGAGGUUGCCCCGCUGUGGGCAAGCCUUCGCGGACAUGAUGCGGAGGGUGGAUGUCUGGAAGUGGUGCAACCUAUCCGAGUUCAUCGUGUACUACGAGAGCUUCACUAACUGCACGGAGGUGGAGACCCACGCCGUGGGCUGCCACUGGCCCAACCCGCUGGCUCAGAGCUUCAUUGCUGGCAUCCACAGGCAGUUCUUUUCCAACUGCACCGUGGACAGGCCCCACUGGGAAGACCCCCCGGAUGAGGUGCUCAUUCCACUGAUCGCAGUGCCCGUCGUGCUGACCGUGGCCAUGGCUGGCCUGGUGGUGUGGCGCAGCAAGCGCACGGAGCAGCUCCUGUGAGGGUCUGCCCGCCGGGAGCAGCUCCUGUGAGGGUCUGCCCGCCGGGAGCAGCUCCUGUGAGGGUCUGCCCGCCGGGAGGCCCUGCCCGGCGAGCACGCUGAGAGCCGUUGGACGCUUCCUCUGUUUGGUCUGUUGAGGCACACCCUACCUGGUCACGGCAGAGUCCUCCUGCCCAGGCUGAUGUAGCCCCUGCUGUCUAGCCUGCUGCCCGACAGAGCUCAGGCUGGCCAUAAAGUGGGCUAAAGGAAGGGACAACACUCAAGUCUGUGUGCCGGAUGCGGAAGUCACCUGCCCACCUGGCUGGGUCCCACAUUCCCCGGGCCAGGAUCCCUAGUCUCUAGCCAUUUCUUGGCAAAAUCUUGUUCAUCCUCGACCCCGGCCAAGGUCCUGACCCUGAUCCCUGCCACGCUUGGGCAGAGACGGCAGGCGAGGCCAUCUGGAAGAUGUGGAGCCCUGAGCCCUUCUGACUGGGAGACUGAGUAUGUCUUCUGUUGGACAUGAAGGACAGCCUGGGGACUGGGGAACGGAGACGUGAGGAACCACGCAUCACCUGGGGGUCUGCCUGUCUCCUGUCUGAUCUGUCAUGGUUCUGUGUCCAGUGUGGCCUGGAGCUGGGGAUUGGCCAGCCCUUCAAAGUCUCCUGCCCUGUAGGUGAGGCGUGGACCUCCGUCUGGAGGGGGCUGCCUGGCAGGAAGGCACACUCUGAGGAGAGUGCAUGGUGUUCUGUCUGUGGAUGUCUGCUCUUGGUCAUUAAAGAGUCUCCUAACUUA